AUGCCAGAGGAGGCUGCACAGCAGACCAGGGUCUUCAUGUCCGCCGCUUCUAGCACCAUUUGGGGCGAUGACACUGCGGCGGUCCAAGGCGCCCUUGCGCUGUUGGCAAAUACUCUGGUGAAGUACCAGCCGGUAGCUAUCUAUGUCAGUCCUCGCGAUGUGGUGUACAUGACGAGCCAGCUUAACAGCUCCGUCGAAAUGGUGGAAUUUCAGGUGGAUGACCUAUGGAUGCGUGACACCAGUUGUAUUUUUUCAUACAGCGGAUGUGACAACUACAGCGAUUGCGUGGCAGUAUAUGGGCAAGCAGUGAGCCACACCUGGCCGUCCGCUCCUUUGUCUUGCGUGGAUUUCAACUUCAACGGCUGGGGAAACAAGCAAAACCCCCAUUCCAACGAUGCCAAGGUGGCCGCACAUGUCGCGGCUUGGAGUGGGGCCAGCUAUGUGAGAUCCGCCUUGGUGAUGGAAGGAGGGUCAGUGGAAGUGGACGGCGAAGGAACGGCGAUCCUCACUCGCAGCUCCGUCAUCAACACUAACCGCAACCCUGGCUGGUCCGAAGCUGAUGUGGAAAGCGAGCUCUAUGACACCUUGGGCGUGGAGAAGGUGAUUUGGACAGAUGGGAUCAUUGGAAAGGACAUCACUGACGCGCACAUCGACUUCUACGCCCGGUUCACCUCACCAGGUGUGGUGGUGGCGGCUCGAGAGAACGACAGCAGCAUCUACGACUACCAGGUGACUCGCCAGGUGAUCGCUGACCUGCAGGCCGCCACAGAUGCCCGAGGUCGAAGUCUCACAGUCCACAUUCUGGACAACCCAUCGAACAUCCGACCUGCCUGGAGUUCGGGCGCGGCAGCAGCAGGUUUCGCCGCCAGCUACAUCAAUUACUAUGUGGGCAAUGGCGUGGUUGUGGCGCAGAAUUUCGGAGAUGCUGUCACAGAUGCAGCUGCAGUGAGCAAGCUGCAAGAACUUUACCCUGGUCGUGCCGUGGAAAGUCUCGACGUGGAUGUCAUUGCUUAUGGAGGCGGUGGCAUUCAUUGCUCCACACAGCAGCAGCCACUUGGCGUCGUCUCAACCACCACAACCUCCACGACAUCAUUCAACAGUGCGUUCACCAGUGGCCAGCCCAGUCGCUGUGCGAUAUCUUGGUUCACUACACUGGCUUUCUGGUUGAGCUUGUGA